AGGCAACUGAAAUGUGGCCCGGCAGGUCUGAUGGGAAUGCAGAGACCGAGAGACAGACAGAGAAUGAGAGAAAGAGGCAGGGAGGUUGCAAAUAGUGGAACAAGUCGGUCAACCAGGGUGGAGUUCGAAGCAGUCUGGCUGGAAUUAAGAGAACGACACGGUUGUGUUUUCAUUGCUGAGUGUGGGACCGGACACCGGAUCAUUUCGCAGACGAAGAGGGAACCUUUACUCCUGCUAACACCAGACUUUAGAGAUUGGAAUUUCCCUCCUCUUCCCUGGCUGGAGCCGGGGGGCAGAUGGUCGAAUAGAGAGUCUCAGCAGAACUCAGGAAGGAGCAGCGAGAGGAAAGGGGGGGUGGGGAGGAGGGUUGGGGAGCUGAAAGGGAGAGAGCCGCGGAGUGGACAGAAGAGGAGACAUGUUUCGCUACGGUUCAGGACAAAGUGUUUCCACCACCACUACAACAGAGGGCUCUGCAGACUUCCCAAGUCAGAGGGGGAUCCAACGCCUCCGGUUAACUCUACAUCCAGAAGAUAAUGGACACGAGGACAAACAAACAACAAACUCAGACACACCUGAGAAAGAGAAGGAUGCCAAUGUGCUAUGGAAGAAGAAGAAGAAGAAGAAUGGGCUGAUCCAGAGAGAGAGGCCUGCUGGCAGGGAGUCACCUCAGCAGCACCUCAGAGACAUGACCAAUGGGGCUCCAGAGACUGCGCACGAGAAUCAUGGGCCCAACGUGUACGGCGUAGUGCAGAGGAUGGGGUCGGACAGACAGCAGGAGGUGAUGGCGCGAGAGUGGACAUCCAAUCAACUUCAGGAUGAGAUGAAGUACAUCAGGGAGGUGAGAAAUUCGUUGGAGAAGGUGAGAGAGCGGAUGUAUGGCCAGUUCGGAGGAAUGCAGCAAUCAAUGCAAAAGCUUUCACAGGAAAUCAAGUCUGCAAAUUCCCAUCGGAGGAGUCUAGAGUCAGAGGUGAGGAUCCGGACGACAGCCAUGGACAGCUUCGAUCAGAUGAACAGCUCCCUCAUAUCCGCUAACAUUGGCCUGCAGAAAUCUCUACUGGAGAACUGUCAGAAAAGAGUGGACACGAGAGACGAGGUGAAGAAUUUGCGAAGCACCUGUAACAAAACACAAGAACAACUAAGAGAAAAGGAGAAAGAGCUGCAGGCCACGCAGAUUGAAAAUCAGACUCUAAAACUGCAGGUGGAGUCUGCACGAGAGGCCAACAAUCGGGCGCUGCAGGAGCUUUCAGCAAAGCUAAAGCAGGAGUACGAGGAGAAGCUGCAGCAGGAGCAACAGAAACACAGGGAGGAGAUUGAAAACCUACAGGCCCAGUUGGAUGAGUACAUCAGGCGACUGGAGGAAGCCGAAAAAAACAUCAGAAUCGCAGAGGCCAAGAUUGCAGAGAGGGACCAGAGGAUCGUUGAAUUGGAGCGCCUACUGGGCUGCAUGGAAAAGGAAAAGAGUCAACUCUACGAGAGGCUACAGAAACUUGAACAGCGUCUCCGCUUGAUGGAGCAGACAGACACAACUGAUGCAACCGAAGUCAAAAGGUCCAAAGAGCUGAAAUCGGAGUCUGUGGAUCUCCGUGAAAGAAUCAAACACUUGAACGACAUGGUGUUCUGCCAGCAGAGGAAAGUCAAAGGAAUGAUCGAGGAGGUUCAAUCGCUGCGAGCUCAAGUUGCUCAGAAGGACCUCUUCAUCUCAGAUCUUCUGGACAGAAUCGCAAUUGUAGAGUGUGAGAAUAAUGAAUUAGAAGACAAGCUGAAGUAUUUUAUGUCCACACAGAACAGCACACGAGGGGUUUUGGAAACCAGUGAGAUAGGAGUAGGCUGCGAUGUGCUCCCUAGGAGGUUUUUACAGAGCCUUCCAGACAAAGGCAAAAAGAUAAAAGAAUUUGCAGAGAAAUUGCGCCAGGCCAUUGAUGACCACAACGAAGAGGAGAGGAGACAGAGUUUUGACUCUGUUGCCAGGACGCAGUUACAGACUAAGUAUCAGCAGGCUUUCCUUUUGCAACAACGGGCCAUCCCCAACUCACCAACAGCCUCGCAGCCAAACAGGCAAAGUGAGGCUGCUGCAGGGGAUGCGGUACCUGUCUCCGCUCAUAGGCUGGAGAAUACUUCGGAUGAGCAACAGGACCAGUCCGUCUCCCGCGCAGCUGCUGGUGAAACCAUAGAGAUGGCCGCUGCUGGGGCCUCUUUGAACUCUGAUGAGACAAAAGAGGAUGACCUUGUGGAGGCCUUGGGCAGGGUGAAACUGUCUGAAACUAGUUCUGGUUUCAUUACCGAGUCCAAAGACCCGUUGAACAGCACAGCAAGAGACAAUUACUUUCUCGUAAAGGAAGGACCCAAAACGCCCCACUAUGUAACAGUCCUGGAAAGAACGGAGAAGACUUCAGCACGCGGGAAGCUAAAAUUCAAACCAAAUCAGCUGCCUCACAGAAGUGACGUCUCUCCCUCAGGAUCCUCGUCACCCAGCCGGUCUUCUGAAGGUUCAUCGCCUCUGUCUGCACAGGCCAGGAAGGAGCGGGACAGAAAACACCUGGAUGACAUCACUGCAGCCAAUCCCCCUCCUCUCCACCAUAGUCCGGCCCAGCUUCUGUCUCUGGAAGAGUCGGCCGACCUCCUGAUGGAACAAUUCAAAAAGGAACAUGAGUUGCAGGCCAAGCUGGCAGCCCAGAAACUGUCUGAGGGAUUGAAGAUCUCUAUGGGGAGCUACACUCCUGACAGUGGCCCGAUGGCUGCCUACAGAGAGGUUCACGAUGAAGGAGCCCAGCUCUCCUCAGAGGAGGACUGAUCCUGGAAGGCCGGAGCUGAGGAAACCAGUUUGGCCCCGAGAGAAACAGGCUUUGGGCCUUGCAAUCCAGGAUUUUCCCUCCAAGGACAAGAACUCUUGAGAGAGGAAAAAGAGUCUUUGCACCGUGUAAAGACAUAGUUUGUAUCCCAGACUCAGGAAAUCGAAUGGCGGUUGGAGAAACUAGCUUGCUCAAUUGUCAUUCAGAUGAUAUCAGGUUCGGUAUCGCUGCUGGAAUGAUCACCUGAUCACCUGCAGUUGACUAGGAGUCUUGAAUUUACAUUUAAAGCAUGAAUCAUCAGGGAAAUGUUUCUUACCACUGUCCUGAAACCACUCAUUUUCAGCCUGAGAGGGGUGACUAUUAUAAUAUGUCAAUAUAAAUAUUGGCCUUAUACAUCAGCAGGUUGAGCAGACUGUUUUGGCACAUGGUUGUAAGAUUACAGAUUUGUUUUGGAAAGAAGGAGGCAUUGCGUUUACUCUUAAACUCUUAAAUAUAUCAUAUAAUAUAUCAUUUGCAUUGUUGUUCACUGAAAAGGAUUAAGAGUGUAAUCUAAGACAAAGACGAGUUCUGUGCUUUGUGACUCAUCUGAAUAAGGAAAUAUAAAGUAAAUUCACGUGAAAAUUCUUCCUCCUAACAGAAUAUUUAUAUUUUAAACAGUAUUGACAUUUGGGAUAUUUUUCACAUUCAGAUAACAUUUCUCCGAUGCAGAUUAUGUACUUUUAAACGUAAAUUUAAGUUGUGAGCAAUACAUAAUCUAAACCAUCUGGUUAUUAGGCGCUAUCAGUUUCUAAUGACGGGGCCAGCUGCAUGCACGGGUUUCUUUAAAGCCGUGAGAUGUUGUUGAGCAGGGGUGUGUGACACACUUGAUGAGAUUAAUGUAAGCGUUGUGAAAUAUUGAAGCUUGAUGGCAGAGACAUCUGGACCUCGUUGGGAUCAUGUUGUUGCUGGCAGGCGAUGAUGGGACGGCAGCCGGCUAAUGCAACAUGGCAAAUACCAUUUCUCAACUCAAGCUAAUAUGUGGGAGAUAAGAAGUGCCGGCAACAUUCAGCGUCAUUCCAAACUGCUUUUCCCAUCAUUCUUCCAAAUCUGGCAGAAGACUACAAGCUAUCUUAAUUUAAACCUGAUUCGGGGAAUUUAAUAAGGAAGAAAUGAGGCCUGUUUUGGGGGAAAUGAGGCUGGUUUCAUGUAGGUCAGACUCUGGUGAUGAUGCCCCCUGAUAACCUCUGGUCGUUUUUGCCACGCUAUUGGGUGUGUGUGUGUGUUUUUUGGGGGGGAAAGGGCAUUUGAUUGCUGUGUAUUUAGACACUAUAUCUGAUGGGCUCCAGAAGGGCCCUGUGGUGACGUCCAAUUACAAAUACAUGAACACGCUCCGCAGAAGAUCCUCGUUGCGCUGGGAUUAAUUACAGCCUACCUUGGUUACAUGAAUUCAGAGACUGUUACCAAUUAUGGGGCACAUUUUUUCUGUUGCUUUUCUCUGUGGUGUCUGGCGUCAAUGCUAACUCUGAACGUAUGUUGAUGUUGUUGAGGUGGAACCUCAGCACACACACACACACACACAUUCUAGUCAAGUUGUCCGUUGAUGAGGUUGUUUAUAUUUUUCAACUUGUAUCCCAGGCCUUUGUCUCAGAUUAAUAAACUCCUCGGGAAGUGGUCUGCAAGUGAUUUGCUCCAACUCUUCAGUCCGAAAUCACACGUCUCGCGGGAGAAGGAAUAAUUUGCUGUUUGGGAGGGGAAACUGGAAUGUGAUUUCAAAACUGCGUCUUCAAAGACUAGUCAGCUCAGCCUUAAAUUAGAUAUACAGUAUGAUGUAUAGACUGGCGUAAAGCACGAGUUAGGCCCUCGGCAGAAUGAUUGGAUUAAAUCUGCCAGGUUACGAUGUCUGAGGUCAUGCUUUUUCCAUUCUCUGAUGUUUUUGUCAUAUAUUUUUUACGGUACAUGAGGAGAUGAAAUAAUGCAUCGCAUAGCAACUUUCUGCAGAUAAGAUCUCCUCAUCCCAAUUAGAACCAGCGCUCCCCCUUCUUUCUGCUCUGGGACCAGUGGUGGAAGAAGUGCUCUGAUUUUUUACUUCAGUUAAAGUACCAAUAAAACGAUGUAAAAGUGAUGUAUUGCAUUCAAAAUUUGAGUGUUAUCCGCUAAAUGUCUGUAAAAUGUUUAAUGUAUGUUUUUUACUUGCUCCGCAGUAAAAUCAUAUCUAACAUUAUUAUAA